GACGUUGACGAGGCGUUAGAUCGAGGCGUUAUCUUCGAGGGUCUGUCCGGCCUCGUCCCCCCCGGCGACCCCCCCGUUGCCCCCGGCGACCGUGCGUCUCGCCGCCUGACGUCCCGCCUGGUGUCUCGCCGCCGCCUGCAGCGCGACGGGGGGGCGGUGCGGCGCCUCAGGGAUCGAGAGACCGUGGCGUUUCGGCGCUCGCUCUAUCGUCUCGGCGUGCGAGUGCACGGGGUCGCCGGCGUCUCCGCUGAGCUGCUGCCGCGUGACAUCACAGCCGACAGCUUUCGCCUAAGCCCCGCCCCCUUGGAAAGGCUCCGCCCCUGGCUGCGCCGCGAGCUAACGGUGCUUUACGGUGUUCACACGUCCUUGGUGGAUAUCGUGCAGAGAAUCGUUACAGCGAGGCUUCAACGACACGGCCUGGAGGACCAGAACACCAUAGAAGAAGAGUUACGCCCCUUCCUCUUGGCGCGAACAAACCACUUCCUGCACGAAAUGGUUAGCUUCGCAAGCUCGCCGUUAGCGUUGGAAAGCUACGAUUUAGAGGCGGUUUACGAGCCGCCGGACGAUGCUAUCGUGCAGCUAAACGACGACAGCAGCGACGGGUCCGUUAUCGCUAUUUCAGAAGAAGACGAAGAGGAGGAAAUGGACGAAGAAGAGGCGGGAAACGAUGAAAUCCCGACAGGAAGUUGCCUCAGUUUGGCGGCGUGGGACGACGAGACGCCAGGCCCCUCCUACUCUCUGAGCCCGGCCAAUCAGGAGGCGGCAGGGAAGGAUGAAGAGGGAGAAGAGGAAGAGGAGUGUUUGAUCGUUGGGUACAAGAAACCGAUCGCAGAACGAACGCCGGAGCUGGUGCAGCUGACGUCAGAUAGUGAGGAAGAAGAGGAGAAGAAGGAGGAAGAGGAAGAUAAGAAGGAGGAAGAGGAGAAGAAGAAGGAAGAUGAAGAGGAGGAACUUCCUGCCGUCGCUCCUCCUCUUCCUCAAUCUCCCACAAUCCCUCCUCCCAUUGCUGGCUGUAACAAAGAUGGCGGUUUGUGGUCGUCCCCAGAGAGAGGCAGGAAAGAGAAGAAGAAGACGAAGAGGAGGAAGAGGAAGACGAGCGGCACUUUAUUCAACCCGAAUCGUUCUAUUUUUCCCGCCAUGAUGCGCCGCCGCUCCUCCAGCGCCGAGUCCAGCCCGCCGGAUUCUCACUGGGACGGCUCGUCAUCAUCUUCCUCAUCCUCCUCUUCCUCUUCCUCCCCCAUGGAAAACCACGGGGAGAAACCGGGAGGGAAGAGGAAAUAUAAAAGCCGCCAUCUGGACCGCGAUGAGAAGGAUCCAACAUGGCGGCCGCGGGAGGACAAGGAGCGCCGGAGGAGGAGCCGGGAGGACGAGGAGAGGAAGGAGAGCAGGAGACGAGAGGAUCGCAGUCCCAGCGUUGAGAUCAUCUACGAGGGAACCAUCCCCCCCAACGCAGCCCACCCCCCCGCUAGGAAACGCCGCAGGAAACGCCAACGCAAGACCCAGCACAGCAGUUCUCCGGUCAUCAUCACGCUGGAUAGCGACAGCAGCCACGAGGCUAACAACAACAACAGCAGCUGCAGCAGCAGUCCAAUCAGCAGCCAGCAGACCGUUGACUUCUCAGACCUUCCUCCCCUCCCAUUGGUCCAUCCCUCCGGAGUGGGUGGGGCUUUGAGCGGUGAAAUCGGCGAUCUUCCCGUCGACAUCCUGGAUCCAAUCGCCAUCAACAGUGACAUCGAUGUGGAAAACUUUGAAGUGGGCGGGUCUUCAUUGGACGAGGAGCCAAUCAGAACGCCCGAUUUAUCCGAUGAUGCGGAGGUCACAAAUUCACAGCGUAAAAGAAAGUCGAUUUCUGACAGCCGUUUGUUAGCGAGGAUCCUCAACGACCUGCAGGGAAUCAAUACGGCUAAAUUGAACCCGUUGAACUUCGAGCCACGUGAUUCCAGAAGAAAUCGCUUUUUAAGGGACGACAAUAUCGAUCAUCGGGACUUCGACCCGCCGACGUAUCGUAACGCCACCCACCCGUUGACUUAUUUUGAGCGGUUAAAAGAAAAGGAAGUCCCGCCUCUCUUAAAACAGGCGAGUCCCGUUCGGACGUACAACAGAAACACGCCGCCACCAUUAAAACACAAAGACGCCGGGAGUCCACACCUGUCGCCGAUUUCUCCCAUUGACCUCCAUUCAAAUCCCACCAUUGACGUGUCUCAAGGUAAUCGCGCCAUCCCGCCCAUCUCAAUGCUGAAAAAACAUUUCACGAGCGCUCUGGCUCUGAGAGGAGAGCUGGCCUCCACUAGUUCAGCCAUUGACUCCCAUUCUUCUAAAGUCAGCUUCCAUUCCACGAGUCAAAAACCUCCCAUUGAUUCCCAUUCUUCUUCUUCUGAAACUGGCUCCACGAGUGCUGCUUGCUUAUCACAUCUGGAUUUCAACUUGAUACCCCCCGCAAAGGAAACCUCAUCUUCAACCGUUGACUUGCAUCCUGUGAAUUCUUUAUCUCCCUUUGAAUGCCACACGGCCAAGACUGGAUGGUCCAAUGAUAAGCUAGCUAACGCCGACUCUAGGAAUAAGACUCUGAGACCAGAUUACUGUCAUGUUUCACCCGUUGACCUCCAUCCUUCCAGCCGGGGUGGAGAAGAUUUCUCAGGAGUUUGCUGUAACGACAAAUCACCGCCUGUGUUUGUUUCAUCCAUCGCUGCAUUCCCACCAAUUGACUCCCACUCUUCCAGUAAGAGAGAUAACUUUAGAGGUAGAUAUGCGCCAUCAACAGCUCCAAGCAACAGGUUGUCACCCAUUGACAUGCAUCCUAAGAGUCCAAAACAUACCACUGACCUCCACUCUUCAAGUAAGAGAUAUCACUUUUUGGAAAAUCUUACAACCUCUAGAGCUAGCUCGGAGGUAAUAACGGCUCCCAGAAGCAGCUAUUCACCCAUUGACUUGCAUCCUAAAAGUCCAAAACAUACCACUGACCUCCACUCUUUAAGUAGGAGAGAUAACUUUUUGGAAAGUCUUUCAACCUCUAGAGCUAGCUCGGAGGUAAUAACGGCUCCCAGAAGCAGCUAUUCGCCCAUUGACUUGCCUCCUAUGAGUCCCAAAUCUACCGUUGACCUCCACUCUUUAAGUAGGAGAGAUAACUUUUUGGAAAGUCUUUCAACCUCUAGAGCUAGCUCGGAGGUAAUAACGGCUCCCAGAAGCAGCUAUUCGCCCAUUGACUUGCCUCCUAUAAGUCCCAAAUCUACCGUUGACCUACAAACAUCCAGUAAGACAGAUAACUUUCCAGAAAGUCUUUCAACUUCUAGAGAUAACUCAAUGCCAACCACAGCUCCCAGGUUAUCACCCAUUGACGGGCAUCUUAAAAUUCCCAAAUAUACCGCUGACUUCCACUCUUCCAGUAAGAGAGAUAAAUUGUCAGAAAAGCUUUCAAGAUCAGUGUUAACACCGGCUACAAGUGGCAGGUGGUCACCCAUUGACUUGCAUCCUAAAAGUCCAGAAUCUACCGGUGACUUCCACUCUUUCAGCACAACUUCUAAAGGACUGACGAACAACAAAGCAUUGUUGUUAGUCAAUCAUGGGGAUGCAUUGCCUCAUGGGCGCCUGACACCCGUUGACUUGCAUGAUACGAGUCCCUUUUCCCCCAUUAACACACAUCCUUCCAGCUCACACUUUAACCACACAGCCUUAACCGCCGCUACCUUCCAAACACCACGUAAAAGAAGCAGUUCUCAGUCCGAGGCUACCAUUGACUCCCACUCAAAGCCUCAAAACCACCACAAUAGGUUCCCCACUGACGCUCUUUCGCAGAGUAGUCUCCCCAUUGACUCUCAUCUAAAAAACUCUCGGACGGACAAUCACGUGGAGAACCAGUGGAACUCAAACUCACCCAUUGACGCCCAUUCAGACUCUGCCACGUAGAACACGCACCUGAAAUGUAUUCAAAUAAUGAACAGCUGUUUUUUUUUACUUUGUUAAUGUGUUGAUUUAAAAUGUGACGGUUCAGACGACCUUUCGUGAGGCUGGCUCUGAGAUUUUAUCUUAAUUUUUUAAUGUUAAGUUAGUUUAAAAAGAGGGGCGAAAUAAAUAAAAAGUGUAAUUUUUUUAUUGAACGAUCAUCUCUCUUCAGGGCCACAUGUUUGUGGAUGUGACUAAAAGUAAAAAUAAAAUAAAAAGAUUUUAGAAAAGUCGAAAUUUGUAAGAAAUUCUGAGAUUUUUCAAAGACCUAAAAACUUGAAAAAUUCAUAUUUUUUUCAGAUAUCUGAGCAAAAUGACAGAAGUUUACAUUUUUACUUUUGGUUUCAUCCCAAAAAAAAUUCUCGUUUGUCUCCAAUCGUUCUCUGUAGAUUAUCAAGGGUGGAAAUGUAUCUGGAGGUUUAAAAUAAAUAAACACUGAAUUUCUUUCAUUGGUU